GACUGUCUCUCCAAGCUUCAUACUUUUUUGCAAUUCUGUUUCCAAACGCUUGAUCAGUAUGGAUGAGGAAGCAUCUAGGACUGCAAGAGAGUCACUAGAGCUUGUGUUUCGCAUGUCAAACAUCUUGGACACGGGACUGGACCGGCAUACUCUGUCAGUUCUCAUAGCUCUUUGUGAUCUUGGUGUUAAUCCUGAGGCUCUAGCUACUGUUGUGAAGGAGCUUCGACGCGAGACUAUCCCAGAUUCUGUCACAACCACACCUUCAUAAUUCAUACAUUUUCGAUACACUGAUCAGGUAUUGAGAAUUUUCUCGGUCUAUUGAUGAUUGAUGAGUCUAUAACCGACUCUGCGUCUUUCUGUUUGGUAUGUGAAAUGUUACUGCUUAUUGUAUGAUUAGUAGAAAUUUGUAUGGAUGAAUUGUAACUUCUUUUAUUUGUAUGAACAAGAGACAAGAAGACUGAGUUCUACUCUUUCACAAUGGCUAAUACAUCUAUAAUUUUCUG